AUGAUAACCCGCCUAGCGUUCCAAUGCCCCGCUGAUACGGUGUCCGCGCCACCAUACGAUUGCUUUGAGCCCAUUUCCCUCUCCAAUCUGGCUGGCACCCAUGUGGGCAGCAUCCCCUUCUUGGGCGACAACGGGAUGGUGGGUUCGCCGGACGAUCUGCAACCCGAAGGGCCCGAGGCACACUGCGACGAUGCGGACUUCUUGGAUGUGGAAGGGUAUCCUCGGACAAGACAGCAAGCGACAGAGCAGCUGCAGGCCUGUGUAGACCAUUUGCGCAUGCGGUUCGGCCAGGCUAUUCGAGGCGCAGUGAGGAUGCUAGAUGCGAGUAAUAGCAUCAAACAAGACAUGACGGAACUAGGCGACGAGGACGAGUGCGACCAUGAUCAUCGAGAGACGACGGAUAACACAAGCGAUAAUGCCAAGUGCGUCGUCUUGGAGGGCUUUGGUCACGCACUCCAUGGCGUCCAGGAUUUCUACGCGCAUAGCAACUGGGCUGAUCUGCCCAAUUCUGCUCAUUCCAUCUCGGUCACGAAUCCUCCUGGUUUGAAUCGCACGGAUGCGGCGCCGUUCCUGGAUCUUCGGCUUACGACUGCUAUUGCUGGGCAGGUUCCACGGGGCUUGUCGACGGGUUGUUAUGUCCUGAUAGAUCGUGCGGAAGGAUUUGGCGACUGCGAGGAUCGUGUGACGCACCAUACUAUGAAUAAAGAUCAUGGCAUCAUAGAGCUGAAUGGAAACAUCGAAGGGGAUUCAGACGGUGUGCCGAGGAACGAGGUGGCUGGGAACAUUGACAAGGCUGUUUUGGCUGCGAUACAGGGUUCUAGAAACCAGUGGGGGAACGUAAGGAGUGAGAUCAAACGGGUGUAUGGAGACGAGAAAGGCGAUCGCAUGAUCUGCGGACUUGCUCGUGAUAACCCAGUCGCGAACUGUGUCUAG